UGGGACGUGGGGUUCUAGAACCAGAGCCCCAUCCAGAUUCUUUCUGACAUCAUAUAUAAGCAGAUCUUCGGUUUUCUUUCAUGUCCUGUAUUUUCUUCCUCAUCUCUCUCCCUCUCCGAAAACCCUAAUUCAAAGUCUCUAUUUGUCUCUGUCUCGUCUGAGACAGUAAACAAGAUCGGCAGCCUCAAUCUAAAUGGAGCAGACGGUUUAUCCAUGUGGAGAAUUAUUCAGCUGUUGGGUGUGAAGCAAAUAAAUAAAUAAUAGGAAUAAUGGAGGCUAACAUAUGUGAUGUCAAUCACUUGGAUGCCGAUGUCCUUUUGCCUCCUCGAAAGCGACUGCUUGCUGGAUUGAAGAAGCAAAGCUCGGAAGCUGAUGGUGCUUCACGUCUCUCUCUAGUUACUUCUCCUUCUGCAUCUGCUUUCACUUCUGCUUCUGCCUCUUCUCCUGCUUGUGCUCCGUCUUCUGCUGCUUUAAGUGACUUUGAGAUCCGUCUGAACAAUCUAUUGAGUUCUCAUUCGAGUAAUCCUAACCUUACACCAGAGGAGAUAGUAGAGGCCUCAAAAUCAGCAGCUAUUUCUGCAGCUAAGGCUGCAGAGGAUGCAAGAGCUGCAGCUGAAGAGAAGGCUGCAAAAGCGUCAAAAGCAAUGGCUGCUGCCAAGAGUGCUUUAGAUUUGGUUGCCUCGUUUUCUGAAGAGGCAGCCUGUAAGGAAAGAUCCCUGAAAAAGAAUAAGCUGAAGAAGCAUCUCCCAGUUCAGCUCUUGUAUAAAAAAUACCAACCAAUUGAGAAUAAUAGGACAGAUGAAGAGUUGGCCCGGAAGUUGCAUCGAGCUAUAAACAGCUCCCCAAGAAUCUCAAAGAAUUCUUCAAGUUCUGACUGGAAGGGUCAUAAACACAAGAAGCUUAAAACCUCAGCAAGUUCUGAGAAAAGCAGGGUUUGCAAUGGAGGUAUCUUAUUGGAAAUACACCCCCCAUCGACGUCCAAUGGUCAUGCUGUAGCAGGCAAGAUCAACUCUGACAGCGCCAUCCGAGAGUCAUACACACUUAAAGCAGAUGACAAGGCCUGCAAGUCUGAUAGAGCUAGCCAACUAGAGAUGGGUAAUGAGGAAGCAGAAUCAAGUCAGCCAAGGGAUAAAACUUCGGAAGAUGUGUGUACCACUGGUAAAAAGAGGGGAAGGGUGAAGCUAAAAAGGUUGCCCUUAAGCAUUUGUACCUUUAGGGAUCGGGCAAACCCUAAGGAAGAGAUGAAUGUAAGAAGCUCCCCCUUGGCGGAGAACAAAAUGGGAAGCCCUACUGCUGGUGGUAUGCCCUUAUUUUCUAUGGAGCCUUCAGCUGAUGGUGUGAUCCCAAUUGGGGCUACACCAGUGUGGAAAUGCCAGGGGUUCAAAGCGCCAGCAUGUGUCAAACAAAAUAAAGUUCUGCAGUCAUGAUGUUUAAAUUGUAAUGUGGUUACAGGUGGCUACUGUGAUAGAAGUUGAUAGCUGAGGUAGGAUUCAUGGUGCUCUUUUUAUAGAAACGGCUUCAUUUGAUUUAUCUUUUUGCUCAUUUUUUCUGGCUUUGUAAUGAACUUGAACUGACUGAAUGUAAAUUUAGAUAUUUAAUUGCUUGCAUCCGUGAUUUACAGAGUAGCAAAGCUUGAAGUUAAGAUACGAGUGACGCAAUAAAUUGGAUGGAAUUUGUUGACAUGUUGCA